AUGUGCCUGUCCUCCUUCGCCACUCCAAAGAUGAUCAUGGACUUCCUUGCUCAGCACAAGACCAUCUCCUUUGAGGGCUGCAUUUCUCAGAUCUUCUUUUUGCACCUCUUCACUGGGACUGAGAUUGUGCUGCUCAUCUCCAUGUCUUUUGACAGGUACAUUGCCAUAUGCAAACCUCUCCAUUAUUCAUCAAUUAAGAGCCAAAGAGUGUUUGUUGGGCUUGUGGUAACUUCUUGUAUGGUGGGCUUCCUGCAUACAGUGAGCCAGUUAGCUUUUACCCUCUAUUUACCCUUCUGUGGUCCCAAUGUUAUAGACAGUUUCUUCUGUGACCUUCCUUUAGUCAUCCAGCUGGCGUGUAUAGAUAUAUAUGUUCUUGGAAUCUUCAUGAUUUCAACCAGUGGUGUGAUUGCUCUUAUAAGUUUUCUGCUUUUGCUCACUUCCUACAUCAUUGUUCUUGUCACUAUCAAGGACCUCUCCUCCACAGGAUCAUCUAAGGCUUUUUCUACCUGUACAGCACAUUUCAUAGUUGUGUGA